AGGUCGCCAUUCCCCUCUUGGUUCACUUCCACGUUACAUCCAUCUACCAACCCGACACUCUGCCAGCCUCGAUUUGGGCAUGAAACCAUCCCCUUCCAUUAGUAGGUCCACUCGACGUCAGGCUAGGUGGUGACGGGACCCUUUACGACCAGGUCCACCUUCCCCUCAACCACCACCUCCUCCACAACCGACGAUACCACCAACUAUCACAAACACAACACACCACGAUAAAGCUUUGUCUCGACUUCUAGACCCAUUGCCGUCGCCCUCAGUCGCGUGCAGGGGCACCGCGGCGUGAAGGACGUCACAAUGGCUACCCCAAACAGCAUGUGGUCUGCGCCCUCACCACACCCUCACCAUCACCAGGCUGCCCAGCCGAUGCAGGGAGAUGAAUUGGCCAUGCAGGUCAGGCCCAUGGGCUUGAAGGUGCUGUAUACAUUCGAUCGAGACGGCCAGGUGUCGUGCUUGGCCCGAUGGCCUCACAUCCUCCAAAUCCAAACAUUACCAGUCGACGAAAGGAUUACAAUCGGCGUAGUGGACCUCCGAACAUGUCUCCAGGCUAUUGCGCAAUGCAGUCCUGAGAUUGUAAAUCAACAAGAGAACGAUUACACUGUAUAUGCUGUCGACUAUUCAGAGCCGGAUACGCCCCUGGUCGGGCAAGGCAUGUUGUCGUGGGGCCUGGAGUUAGCAAGCGAUCACAACAGCCAACGGCAUCAACAACAACAAUUGGUGACGGGACGGGUAACUCGGAGUUUGCUGCCCGUGUUUAGCAAUGGGAGCCGCGAGACCCUGGAGGUCAAGAUGAAGCUCACAGCCGUUGCCAAGAUGCAGCGACUUGGAUUUCCUGGCAUGGACAACAACCUUAAUAAUAUGCUCAGGUCCGACCCUAUACAGCCUACAGACAUCACCACCUCCGAGUGGGCCUCGUUCAUACAGGCCAGCCCGGGCCUAGGGAGCUCGGCCAAUAUGGCUUCUAUGCACUCGCCCGCCAUGUCUACCGCUCCGCUGAACGUCAAUCUCAACGGUGAUGGUCGCUACAUGGAUAUCAGGAGUGAUCCGCCUCCACAGCCCACUCGGCCAGCCAGCAUACCACCGAAUGGUUCUCAGCCACAAAAUACCGGCCCCGUGGUCAACAACAUGCCGCACAUCCAGCCUGUUCCUCCACGACCAGCUCCCACUGGCGAGAGCGCCUCAUCCCCGGCUCCAAGCCAGUCUGUCGAGAUCCCCGUCAACCAGUCGGCGCGUCCCACCUCAAGACCUUCUAGUAGAGCGUCCCGUACUAGAGUUCCCACCGGCAGACCACGAGGCCGACCACGCAAGAAGCCUUUCGAAGCAGGCAAUACGUCAGCCGCCGAGGAAGCGACUGAUGGUGAUGAUGGCCCGCAAAAGAAGAGAGCCAAGGUUAUGAGUGCCGAUUUUACCAGUAGUGCGCCAUUCGGUUCAGCACCAGAGUCUCUGAGGGUUGCAGCCAGUACAUCCGGUUCUCUGCGUAACAUGAGGCCCGUUGGAGCUGGUGGUAAUCCCUCUUUAGGGAGUCAUGUUCAGGACGUGCCUCGGGCUCCUACCCCUGUUCCAGAUGGGUCGAUGUUGCAGCGACAACAGAGAAGGCUGAUCUUCGAAAACAAAAUGAAGUCUGACUUCGCGGGUGACGCAGAGAGCAGCAUGUACCAGUCGCGCUUCGGUCAGCAACCCAUGCAGAGGAGUAUGAGCCACGAUGCCCGGUCGCCCACCGAUUCUAUCGGCCAGUCACCAGAUCAAGGCUACGUGCCUGAAGACAGUCCCGCCGAUAUUGGGUCAUCCCCUCCGGUUCCCAGGACUAGUGCCUACAUGCACUCAAGUCCUUAUGUUUCAAGCCCAGUUCUCCCGCCUAUGCCCGUUCCUAUGCCGCAAGUCGACUCGGGCUUUAUGAGCGGCGGAUUCGACGACAUCUUUGACGAGGAUGAGCUGUUACAAGAUGCCCCUCAAGAUCACGGCCAGGAGUUACCCGGCCAGCCACAAGAUCGAAUGGUCGUGAGCCCUCCAGUGCCGCAAGUCAGCAAACCAAAUGCACGAAAGGGGAGUCGGGCCCAUCGACAGGGAAUUAAUUUCCCCUUCCAGGAAGUCAAUCCCGGACCAAAAGAGCUUUUGCCCACGAAGAGCAUCUUCAACCCUGCUGGAAAGACGAAGGCGCUGAACAGGGUUGCUCACGCCACAUCAGUCCCACCCAUGCCGAAAAAGAACGCGGAUCGCUCGUUCAAGAGGUCGAAUACAGCGCCAAACCCUUUAAUGUCCGAUCAUGAUCCCCUACUGCGACAACCUAAUGAUCAGCAAGAUGGCGAAGCUCCUCAGGAAGGGACUGCUUCCCAAAUCUCACAGGCAGUUAUGCAAAGCUCUCAAACUCAACAUCAGCCGCCGUUUAACCCUCAGCAACAACUCUCGACCCAGAACAUGGGAAACACAUCAGCUCAGCCACAAGCUACUGUCCCUGUUACCACUGUGAUGCCCAUUCCUGAACGACCCGAACCUGUUCAGAGCAAAGCAGCCCAACCGGCGUCAAAGCCCGUCUCGAACAACUCCGCUCAUGCUGUCCCGGCCAGCGAUCCCGUUGUAGAAUCUACUGGAACGUCAUCUCGAGCAGCACAAUCUGAAGCCCCUGCUCGGGCUCGUGCACCUGCUCCUCGGGAACCUAGCGAGCCAGAAGAACCGCCUCGCUAUAACAAGAAUAUGGUGAAGAAGCAGUCAAUCAAGGAGAAACUGGAGGAGGCCAUCCAAAGAGGAGAGUCGCCGCCGUUUUGCAACAAUUGUGGCGCCAUCGAAACUCCUACUUGGCGAAAGAUCUGGACGCAAGAUCAUCGAGGAGUGCCUGGCUUUUACGAGUUUUCCGACAAACCUGGAUUUGUAACUACGAUCGAUAUCCUCGAGAAGGAUGCCGAUGGACAAACCAUCAUGUAUCAACUCGUGAAGAAGAAUCUUGGGUCUACGGACGACAAGAAGCUCUGGAAAGAAACUCUUCUUUGCAACCCAUGCGGUAUCUGGCUCGCCAAAUUCAGAGUUCACAGGCCACAGGACAGGUGGGACAAGGAUGCCGCCCGACUUAAUCAGCCUCGAAAGAAGAAAAACUCGCGAAACAAGAAGCGCAAGAAUGAUACCCAAACAAACCCAACAUCGGAGGCAUAUUUCACGACUGAUCCAAUUGGACCGGCCGAUCAAGAAUCACCGGAAGAGGCGCAACAUCAAAAUAUGACUCAACAGACGGACCAGAACGUGACAGCAAUGGAGGACAGCAACAACAAUCAAUCAUUGCAUCACAUGAUUUUAAACUCGCGUAACUCCCCAAAGCGACGUGGGCUGGGGUCGACUCACUCUAGGGGCAGUGGAACGGCGGACAGUCCCAUCGCAGUAGAGGAUGAUCUCGGUACCACCAGAAGGCUUCUCUUCCCCUCACCUAGGAAGGAGGGGGCGCCGAAGGUCCUUGGGGAGCUCGCAGGUAACGCCGUCAAUGCCACCACUGCGUCGCAAGACCCGAAGUCUGCUGCCAUGGGCAAGGAGAACAUCAGCCACUCGACCGAGUUCCAGCCGGCAAGGCGCCCCAAUACCCCUGUCCUUCCGGACCAAGACGAGCUUGACCAAGAACUAUUUGGCAGUCCUGUCAUCCGACCAUCAACACCACCUCCGAAGAACACCUCUUCUGGUAUCUUCAAGACGCCUACCCGGCCGACUCCGAACCACCGGCCCAUUACUAGGAGUAUAUCUCGGUCCAUCCGCACCGUCCGGUCGGCCCAGAAGUCGCCCGGUCAGCUCUUCACGCAAACCCAACGAACCCCCACCAAGACUCCGCGCGGUACGCGUACUGUCUCCGGUAACAACGGAGGCAUUCUCGUUAGCGCGUCCAAGCGGCGAAGCCCCCGCCACGCACGCUUUGCGCUUGACGACAGCCUGCACGUGCCUACCUCGUCUCCAACCCAUGACUUUGAGGCUUGGGGCUCGCUGAACCAGCUGUUGAGUGAAGCUGACCAGUUCACCGCCAACUCGUCGUCGCACGGGCUUCUGGACGUCAAUAUGCAGCACUAUGACAGCGACAGCGUGCAGCAGCUCGUGGAGGGCGCGGGUGCUUUGGACUUUGGCAGUUUCAUGGGUACCGAUAUGGUCAUGCCUAGCUCCCCGCCCAUGAUGAGGGGUCAUCACCAUGGAGAUGGUGGCAAUGGCAACUUGAGCUUUGAAGCGUCGUUGAGCAUCGAAAGCUUGUGGGUGGAGACUACGGCUACGAGCGGAGGAGGAGGGAGCGUGGCGGAGAGGAAUGCCGCUGCUGAUGUGGAUGAGUUCGAGUUAGGGUCUCAAUAAUCAGUCGGAGUCGGAGCAGGGGCCGGAGCCCCCUGUUGGUGCUUAUGUGGGAGAACAGUUGAGCUUGGAUCACAAUGCUCAACAGUUGGAGACAGCUCCUGAUGAUAAUGAUAUCCGGAUGGGACAGCUGUUGAGCAUGGAUAUCAGCAAUAAUCAGUUGGAGCAGAUGGUUAGGGAUACGGGUGAGCAGUUCAGCUUGGACACAGAUGCUGUGGCAAGAUCCGCAGAUCUUGCAACCGGUUGUUUGGCAUACGAAUCUUGGUGAUCUUGUAGCAAAUGGGCACGGUCAUGGUCUGAUUUCAGACUUGGGAGAGAAGGAAAUCCAUGUUUUGUAGCGUGGGCGAAAAAGUUAACUACGAUAUACCCUCAGGAAAAGUGGGAUGAUUAUUCACUGAUUGUCCGCCACGCGGCGACUUCCUCAUGUUUGAAGAUAGGA